AUGCGCAGCUCAGAGGCCUGUGCGGAGCCCUUCAGAGCAUGCGCAGCAUCCUCGCGGCGGCUUGCUUGGGGGAGGUCGCGCGCGCGCUCCGGGUCGUGGCUCCUGUUUCGGCAGGUGGCUGCGUGCUGGCCCGCGGGCGCCCUGGAGCCACCUAGUUCGGUCGCGGAGGCGGUGUCGUCCCUGACCAUCGCCGACGCGUUCGUCGCAGCCGGCGAGAGUCCCGCCCCGCCCCCGCCGCGCCCGGCGCCCCUGCGGAGGUUCAUCUGCUCCUUCCCCGACUGCCGCGCCAAUUACAACAAGGCCUGGAAGCUCGAGGCACACCUGUGCAAGCAUACCGGGGAGAGGCCGUUUGCUUGUGACUAUGAAGGCUGUGGCAAGGCCUUCGUCAGAGACUACCAUCUGAGUCGGCACGUGCUGAUUCAUACAGGAGAGAAGCCUUUCGUUUGUACAGCUGAUGGUUGUGAUCAGAAAUUCAACACCAAAUCAAACCUGAAAAAACAUUUUGAGCGCAAACAUGAAAAUCAUCAGAAACAGUAUGUAUGUGAUUUUGAAGAUUGCAAGAAGGCCUUUAAGAAACACCAGCAGCUGAAAAUCCACCAGUGCCAGCACCGCAAGGAGCCGCCGUUCAGGUGUAUGCAGGAGGGAUGUGGGAAGCACUUUGCCUCACCGAGCAGCUUGAAGCGACAUGCAAAGGUCCACAAGGGCUACAUAUGUCAAAAGGAAUGUUCUUUUGUGGCCAAAACAUGGACAGAACUUCUGAAACACAUGAGAGAAGCCCAUAAAGAGCAAAUAACGUGUGAAGUAUGCCAGAAAACAUUUAAGCGCAAAGAUUACCUCAAGCAGCACAUGAAAACUCAUGCCCCGGAAAGGGCAGUGUGUCGAUGUCCCAGAGAAGGCUGCGGCAGGACCUACACAACUGUGUUCAACCUCCAGAGCCAUAUUCUCUCCUUCCACGAGGAGCAGCGCCCCUUCACAUGUGAUCACGCCGGCUGCGGCAAGACAUUUGCCAUGAAGCAAAGUCUCACGAGGCAUGCAGUUGCCCACGAUCCUGACAAGAAGAAAAUGAAACUGAAAGUAAGACCCUCCCGUGGGAAGCGGAGCCUGGCCUCCCGCCUCAGCGGGUAUAUCCCUCCCAAGAGGAAGCCAGCGCAGGACGCACCCUCGGCUGCAGAUGCGGAGAUGGAGAGCUUCGUGGGAGACGGAGCAUGCUCCAUGGCUGCAGGGCCUGCCCUCCACUAGGCUCACCUGGCCUUGGUGAAGGACUACAGACCAGUGAGCUGAUUAAAGCUCAGAAGCCUAUUUUUCUGUAUUUGUUUUGUACUGGGAAUCACGCUCAGGACCUCGCACUGGCCAGGCAGGCACUGGCGCUGAGUUAUAUCCCUGCCCUAUUUUUCUGUAUUAAAAUCAUGGGUGUAUCA